UACUUUUCUUUACACUUGCAUAAUCUUUAUAAUAGUGUUCACACUCAAGUCUACCUUUUUAGGUUCAUAUUGGCCUUUUUAGCGAAAAUGGACGUCCCUUGUGAAGAUUACGAUGUCAGCAUUAUGAUCAAGGCGAUCACUGAGGUGCAGGCACUUAUUAAAUUUGAACAGUUCCAAACAUUCUCUGAGCUUGAUGUUAAAAUCGGCAAAACCUUGAAGAAAUACGAACCUUUUGGUGAUGGUUUUGAGCGUUUCCACGUUUUUCUCACCAAAGAUGUCGCCAAUGUUAACGAUUUGACUAAAAGUUUAGGCGAUAUGAAUGAACGUUGCCAAUCAAAACUUCGUGAUUGUGAGUGCAGCCAAAAGGAUCAAAUAAAUGACAUGCUUCCGUUCGUUCGCAAUACUUCUAAAAUCCUUGUUCAUGGAUCUGGUAAUCUUCUUGCCUUGGCUAUUGCAUGUGCUAUACAAGAGCAUGAGGGUGUUCACUUCUUCAUUUGUGAGGGGCGCCCAGGUCGUGAAGGAUGUCCAAACGGUUCCGGCGACGCUUUAAUUGAAAAGGUUGCCUUGACGUCAGAGGGCAUACGUCUCAGAGAUAAGUUACCUCUAUAUUGCACAAUUAUACCAGAUAGUGGUGUGGGCUCUAUUAUGGGUAUUGUGGACUUUGUUAUCACAGGUGCAUACUGUGUGACAAAGCAUGGAGGAUUAGUUCAUUCCACAGGUUCUAUGCAAUUAGCAACUGUAGCAUUUUCGAUGAAUGUUCCAUUUUACGUACUAUGUGAGACAUUUAAAUUUGCACACAUUUUUCCACUCAGUACCGAGGAUCUUAAGCAGCCUGACAGCUCAGGAGUUGUGCCGCUGGUUGAAUUUGUCCCACCCACCAUGAUUACCUUGAUUUUCUCUGAAAAAGGCAUCAUGCCACCUUCAGCAGUAGCAGAUGAAAUGUUUCGCUUUCAUACAGCACCUUUUGCUCCUUGGAAGCAUAAGCAACGCAACGAGUUUUCCUUUUAAAUGCAUUAACAAAUUGUUA